ACCAAAUCCUUUGUGGGUGAAGAGAAAAAUGAAGAGUGUUGUGAGAAUGUGUUUCGUCCUUUUCCUUUUAUUGGAAGUCGUGUGGUGUGAAGGAUGUUGGAAGGAGGAGCGAGAAGCACUUUUGGGCAUAAAUUCUCGUUUGAACUCUCCUUUCUCUUGGAACACCGACACAGAUUGCUGUGAAUGGAACCAUGUGCAGUGCAACCCCUCCACAGGAAGAGUGGAUCAACUAGUUCUUACUGAUGGCUAGAGGAAAUCAACAAAAAAAUAUAUUAAUUACUCAGAUUUUUCUGUCCUCAAAGAUUUGAAGAUCCUCGACUUGUCAGAUUCUGAAAUAGUUGGUUGUGAGGGGGAUGCAGAGUUGCCAAAUCUGGAGGUUCUCGACAUUAGUGGUAACAAGCUGUCUAAUGCUUCGACCAUUCUACCUUGUUUGGAUGGCGUUCCAUCUCUUAAGUCGCUUUAUUUAAAAUAUAACAGCUUCAGUACAUCUUCAUUAAACCACGCUUUUGAAAGUGUGUCACCAAAGCUGCCUAAUUUGGAGGUCCUGGACAUAAGUCAUAACUAUUUGACUAAUGAAAUCUUACCAUCUAUGGAGGGAUUCACAUCUUUAAAGGAACUGAAUUUGGCCGGAAAUCAAUUGAGCUCGGAUCUUCACAUUGAAGGAUUAUUGACUAUGUCCCGUUUGACGAAUCUUGAUUUAAGCGAUAAUAAAAUCCAUUCUUUUGUGACCCAUCAAGGUUCAAAAAGUCUAAGUAGAUUGGAUGUUCUUACUUUAGAUGGAAAUAUGAUAGAUGGAGACAUACUAAGGGAGUCAUUACAAGCUUUAUCAUCAUCCAUUAGGAAGCUUUCUAUGUGUAAUAAUAUAUUUAAAGGAACAAUUGUAGCUGGAGAUCUUUAUAAUUUAAGAAAUCUAGAAUAUUUGAGAUUGGAUGGAAGCAGCAACGUGAAGAAUGAAUUUUUUAAAAGUAUUGGGAAUUUAACAUCCUUAAAAGUUCUGUCUCUAGCAAAUUGUCAUAUAAAUGACACUCUUCCUACGACUGAUUGGUUUAAGUUGAAGAAUCUCGAAGAGUUAGAUCUAAGUCAAAAUCUAUUUGUGGGACCACUCCCUUUGUCUUUCUUAAAUAUGACAUCUAUUCAGAAGUUGGAACUUUCACGAAAUCAAUUUAGUGGAAAGUUUGAUUCUAAUAUUGCUACUCUGACAUCACUUGAAUAUUUUGGUUUUACAGAAAACCAAUUUGAAGUUCUUGUUUCUUUUAGACCAUUUUUCAAUCUCUCAAACCUGAAGUUCAUAUAUGGUGAAAGAAACAAAGUCAUAUUAGACUUACGACCUAGUAUGCAAACUUGGAUUCCUAAAUUUCAAUUACAAGUGCUUAGUUUGCCGUCAAUGAUUGCUACACAUUCUCUUCCGCUCCCCAGAUUUCUUCUACAUCAAAACAAUUUGACUAGCUUAGAUUUCAGUAAUUAUUGGUUUGAAGGAGGAUUUCCUCAUUGGCUGUUAGAAAACAACACAAAAUUGACUGAAGCUCUUUUGAGAAAUUGUUCUUUGAGUGGUACUAUGCAACUACCAUUGAGAUCUCUUUCUGGGUUACAGCGCCUUGAUGUGUCUGACAAUACCAUAAUUGGUGAAAUUCCAAGCAAGAAUAUGAGUGUUGUUUAUCCAAAUUUAGUUUAUGUAAACAUGUCUAGAAACCACAUCCAAGGUUCAAUUCCUCGUGAAUUAGGUCAAAUGAAGUUAUUACGCGAGUUGGAUCUUUCAUACAACCAAUUGUCUGGAGAAAUACCAGAAGACAUGUUCAAAAAGGACAUGAACCCUUACAUUAGAAACCAACUCUCAUACCAACUCUAUGUCUUGAUACUUUCAAAUAACAAGUUUGAGGGACCCGUUUUUACAAUACCCACUGAUUUAGAGUACUUAUCAUUGAAUGAUAACAAUUUUAGUGGUGAACUUCCGAGCAACAUUUUUGACAUAUCCAUCAUUUCAUUGGAUGUAAGCAACAAUCAUUUGGUAGGAAAGAUUCCAAGCUUUGGUAAUACAAUGACAAAUUUGUUGGAACUUCGUAUGUCCAAUAACAGCUUUGAAGGGUUCAUUCCAUUAGAAUUGGCACAACAACCAUAUCUACUUUAUUUAGAUCUCUCUCAAAAUCAUUUGACGGGCAUUGUACCAUCAUUUCUGAAUUCUUCUCUAAAAUUUAUCCAUUUGAGCAAUAAUCAUUUUAUUGGAGUGUCAAAGAAAAUGUUCAAUGGAAGCUCUCCUGUGGUGAUGUUAGACCUUAACUACAAUGAAAUAUCUGACAACAUUCAAGAUAUGAUACAAGACCUUAGUUAUUCAAAGUUGAAUUUUCUCUUUUUAAAAGGUAAUCACAUUACUGGGGAUAUACCAAAGGAGUUAUGCCAGAUGAAAUAUCUAACCAUGUUAGACCUUUCACACAAUAAAUUUUCUGGAGAAAUACCCCCUUGCUUUGGGAUAAUGCCUUUCGAUAAUAAUAACCUUGAUUCAUCAUUAAAAUUACUCAAAGGAAGCUUCUUUAUUGAGGAACGUGUAACGGAAGCUACAUCAAGAAGAACGGCGGUACCUCGCGCACCAGUAUCAACAAAGCAACAGAAAGUGACAGCGAGUUUCACUUCAAAAAGAAAUAUCUAUAUUUACAUGGGAAGUACUCUUACUUACAUGUCUGGAAUCGAUUUAUCACAGAAUAAACUGAAAGGAAAUAUCCCGUUUGAUAUUGGGAAUUUGACAAGAAUCCAAGCAUUAAACUUGUCUCAUAAUGAUUUAACUGGACAAAUUCCAGAUUCAUUCUCAAAUUUGGUUCAUACAGAGAGUUUAGAUCUUUCUUUUAACAAGUUGAGUGGUCAAAUUCCUCCAAAACUCAAUAAUCUAACAUUUCUUCAAGUAUUAAGUGUGGCACACAACAACUUAUCAGGUCCAAUUCCUGAAGGAGCCCAAUUUAACACAUUUACUAGUACUAGCUAUGAGGAUAAUCCAUUUCUCUGUGGACCUCCGUUAGCAAAGAGUUGUCAUCAAACUCCUACAAUUAUUCGACAUAAACCAAAUUAUGAGGAAAGAUCGAUAGACAUGUAUUUCUUUCGUGUGAGCUUUGUUGUGUCAUAUACAUUAGCAUUGCUAGCAACUGCAGCAGUUUUAUACAUCAAUUCCUACUGGAGGCAAGUCUGGUUUUAUUACAUGGAAUUAGUGAGUUCAAAUUGUUACUACUUUAUUGUGGAUAACUUUUGUAGGUUUUGUAAUGCUCGCAAUAUAUAAUAACCAUUGGAUAUUUGUUU